GCUCUCCACUCUCAUUACACACACCACACCAUGUCCGAGUCCAAGACCAUCACGCAGGCCGAGCUCGAGGAGCACCAGAGCCAGAAGGACCUCUGGCUCCUCAUCGACGGCAAGGUGUACGACGUCUCCAAGUUCAUGGACGAGCACCCGGGCGGCGACGAGGUGCUGACGUCCGAGGGCGGCAAGGACGCCACGGAGGCGUUUGAGGACGUGGGCCACUCAGACGACGCGCGGAGCCUGCUCGGCCCCAUGCUCGUGGGCAAGAUGGAGGGCGCCGUGGAGAAGCCGAAGACGAAGACGAGCCAGGUGAACAAGGACCCGACGAGCGCGACGAACAGCAAGUGAGUGUUUCAGCGCGCGUGGGGCCGCAGCUAUGCAUGCAACUGCGGCAGUGCAGCCGUUGGGCCUCGUGUCUGACCUUCUCUGCGCAGCCCGCUCUUCAUGUUCAUUCCGCUCAUCCUGCUCGGCGUGUACGUGGCGUACAAGAACUACGCCUGAGCGCGCUGUGCUGGCGCUCGACGGGCCAGUGCGUGGCGGUCUGCGGCGACAGGCGGC